CCCUUCCUCCGUCGUUCCCCUCCUUCUCCUCCUUCCCACGCCCCAGUGCGCCGUGGGAUAGUGCCACUAUAAAGUAUAUCCUCUCUCGGAGAAAGAUAAGAAGCCCGAGACAGGAGGGGGAUGAAGAUGGCGGACGCCAAGCAGAAGAGGAACGAGCAGCUGAAGCGGUGGCUGGGCUCCGAGACGGACCUGGAGCCGCCGAUCCUGAAGAAGAAGAAGACGAAGGUGAAGUUCGACGACGGCGCCGUGUUCCUGGCCGCCUGCUCCAGCGGCGACACCGAGGAGGUGCUCCGAAUGCUCGACCGCGGCGCCGACAUCAACUACGCCAACGUCGACGGGCUGACCGCCCUCCACCAGGCGUGCAUAGACGACAAUGUCGACAUGGUGACUUUCCUGGUGGCCCACGGAGCAGGCAUCAACCAGCCUGACAAUGAGGGCUGGAUCCCACUGCACGCCGCCGCCUCCUGCGGAUACCUCGACAUCGCAGAGUAUCUCAUUAGUCAAGGGGCCAACGUAGGAGUCGUAAACAGCGAGGGUGAAACGCCUCUGGACAUUGCUGAGGAAGAGGCCAUGGAAGAGCUCCUCCAGAAUGAAAUCAACCGGCAAGGGGUUGACAUCGAGGCGGCCCGCAAAGAGGAGGAGCGAAUCAUGCUGCGAGACGCCCGGCAGUGGCUCAACAGCGGCCAGAUUCAGGACAUCCGACACGCCAAGUCCGGAGGAACAGCGCUACACGUCGCUGCUGCAAAGGGCUACGUUGAGGUUUUAAAGCUUUUAAUCCAAGCAGGGUAUGAUGUUAAUAUUAAGGACUACGAUGGCUGGACUCCUCUACAUGCAGCAGCACACUGGGGCAAAGAGGAGGCCUGCAAGAUACUGGUGGACAACCUCUGUGAAAUGGACGUCAUUAAUAAAAUGGGCCAGACACCUUUUGACGUUUCAGAUGAAGAUGUUCUGGGAUACUUAGAAGAGCUGCAAAAGAAACAAAAUCUGCUGAUGAGCGAGAAGAAAGAUAAGAAAUCGCCUUUAAUUGAAACAACAACCACAGGGGACAACAACCAAUCACUGAAACCACUAAAGAGCAAAGAAACACUGCUGCUAGAGCCCGAAAAGACCGCUCCGCGUAUUGAGACCUUGGAGCCAGAGAAGGUGGAUGAAGAGGAGGAGGGGAAGAAGGACGAAUCCAGCUGCUCCAGCGAAGAGGAGGAGGAGGAAGAUUCGGAGUCGGAGAAUGAAGCAGAUAAGAGCAAACCAUCAGCAUCCGUCAGCAACAGCACAACGCCUGCUCCGGCCAGCAUCACCGUGUCCUCGCCGAGCAGUCCCACCAACCAGCUGACCAGCCCCUCGUCGCCAUCGAAGAAGGUCACCACGCCGCCCACGGCCACGGCCAAAGUGGAGGACGACCGCAAGGACGAGUCCCCGGCGUCGUGGCGUCUCGGCUUGAGAAAGACGGGCAGUUACGGGGCGCUGGCAGAGAUCACGGCUACCAAGGAGGCGCAGAGGGAGAAGGAUGCCACGGGUGUGAUGCGCUCGGCCUCCAGCCCCCGCCUCUCCUCUUCUCUUGACAACAAAGAUAAGGAAAAGGACAAAGGAACCCGCCUUGCCUACGUGGCCCCCACCAUUCCGAGGAGACUGGCCAGUACAUCAGACAUUGACGAGAAGGAAAACAGGGACUCUUCUGCGGCUCUCAUACGAAGCGGCUCUUACACCCGGCGGCGCUGGGACGACGACAUGAAGAAUAGCGAAGGAACCACCUCGACCAAUAGAACCUCUAGCUACCAGCGAAGCACGUCCCACACGCUAGCGCUAGGGCGGAGUGGCAGCACGCGGGACGUGCCGUCCAAGUCUUCGUCCACCUCCAGCUUGGAUCCUAACACCUGUAACACUAAACCCUGGCAGCCACCCACCUCCCACUACCAGUCAUACAGCAUUUACCGCAGCGGCUCUUUUGGUAGACGAUACGAUGACUUGAGCUCGACCACCACCACCACCACCACCACCGCCUCCUCCUCACCUUCCGUCACUACAACCACCUCCCCAUCUGUUACCUCGCCCACGGGCCCCCGCGGCCUACUUUCGAGCCUGGGCUCCUCCACACGCACUGGCUCCACCAGUCUCACCAGCAGGUACUGGUCAGAGGAGAGUGCAGACAGGGAAAAGGACAAAGAACGAGAGUCGGCAGCAGUUAUCCCCACCAUAAACACUGGCUUUGCUACCACCACCACAGGCACUGGCCCUGAAAGACGCAGGUCGUACCUGACACCCGUACGAGACGAGGAGUCCGAGUCCCAGAGGAAAGCUCGCUCCAGACAGGCCCGACAGUCGAGGAGGUCCACACAGGGUGUCACUCUGACUGACCUGCAAGAGGCUGAAAAGACCAUUGGCAGGAGUCGCACCCCAAAGACCCGCGAGGAGGAGAAAGAAGAGAAGCAGGACAAAGAGAAGCAGGAGGAGAAGAAGGAAUAUGAAGCUAAGGAGGACGAUUACCGACCGAAGUACCGCAGCUUUGAAGACCGCUACCGCACCUCCUCCUCCACCUCCUCUUUGUCGGCAGUCAGCACCGCCUCGGCGCCGUCUUACUCCAGCACCACAUUGACCUCCAGCUCCCUCAACAGGCCCAACAGUCUGACGGGGAUCACUUCUUCUUACAGCCGCUCGUACAGAGACAGCGAGAAAGAAACAGACAAAAAGGAGGAGGAGAAGGAGGGCGACGACAAGUCUCAGCCUCGCUCCAUACGGGAUCGCAGGCGGCCCCGCGAGAAGAGACGAUCAACUGGGGUCUCUUUCUGGACCCAAGAUGGUGAUGACAAUGACCCCGAGCAGCUGUCUGACUCGGAGGAAGGCAGCAUUAAGGGAGAGGUGCAGGUGGACAGGCUGUCCAGGAACGACGGCAACACUUCCUCUUUAGACCGCAACGACUCUCUCCUCAGCCGCAGCUACGGCGAGAGUCGGAGGCCGUACUCCAGCCGGCUGGACCGAGACGACACCACAGACUAUAAAAAGCUCUACGAGCAGAUCUUAGCUGAGAACGAGAAGCUGAAGGCACAAUUACGCGACACGGACGUGGAACUGGCCGACUUGAAGCUGCAACUGGAGAAGGCCACCCAGAGGCAGGAGCGCUACGCUGACAGGUCACAGCUUGAGAUGGAAAAAAGGGAAAGACGAGCUCUCGAAAGGAAGAUCUCUGAGAUGGAGGAGGAACUUAAGAACCUCCCCCAGGUAAAGCAGGUUCAGACGCUGCGGCAGGUUAAGGAGCGGCUGCAGGCAGAGAACCGGGCUCUGGCCCGUGUGGUGGCAAAGCUCUCGCAGUCCGCCUGCAGCCAGCUGCCCGCCGUCGACCUCUAAAGCCACGCCCCCGUCUGCCCACCGCCACUUCCUCCUUUCUUUUCACCCCCUCCUCUCCCCUUUCUCGGCCACUCCGCUCCAUGCCCCGCCCCGCCCACAGAUGCUCCCCGACUUGAAAGCGGACAACCAGAGGCUAAAGGACGAGAACGGAGCGCUCAUUCGAGUCAUUAGCAAGCUUUCCAAGUAGACCCACCCCCCCUCCCCUCCACCCCCCGCCCUGCCUCCUGCACCCCCUCCGUCUAUCUCUCUAGCCCCCUCUGGCAGUGACUAAUGGAAUUGCACAUCUAGAUAUUAUCAAGAGACAUCAGAGACUCCUUUUAUUGUUGCCGCCCCCCCCCCCCCACCCCCACCCCCAUCAUCAUAGCCGCCCCCCAGUUUACAGCGUGCACGAGCAUUGUGGGCGGGGAAGCCAGAGAUCUAUUUAACCAGUAAGCCUUAGUUGUACAUAAAGAGGAAAGCUCUUGAUGAACAAUUAUUAUUAUUAAUAUUAUUAUUAUCCAACACCUGAUUUUAUUUGUGCCACGCCUUCUUUUAUUUUGUUCUCAUCAGUGUGCUGUGCCCUUUCCUGCCCCUUGAGAAGUGCCACCUACCUACCCCCUGUCCCCCCACCCUUUUUUUGCUUUUUUUUGUUUUUUUCUACACGCAAAGGAUCACGUGCGCACACACACACACACACACACACACACACACACACACACACACACACACACACGAUCUCCCUCACCACCCCCAGUUGUGUCGUUACCUCUGCGCGUCUUCCUCCAAGAGGGAAAAAAAAAAGAAAACCGAGGCGGACCAGGUGGAAUUUAAGCUUUCACUGAAUGUGCAAUAUGCAUUAUUAUUAUUAUUAUUUGUUUUUUUAUGCUUUAAUGACGAGUCCAUCACUUAGUUGGAGGUUUCACUCUUCCACCACGGCGCCCAUCCAUCGACUUCUUUUUGUUCUGUUUUCGGCUUGUAGUAUUAGUGGGUUUCUCCUGUGUGUUUGUCACCUUGUUUUAGCAGGUACUGAGUGUGGCUGUAUAUACCUUUAUGUAUUAUUUGUUAUGUAUUGUUUGAGAGCAGCACACGUCUGUUACUAUUAAAAGUAUACAAAUUCCACAGGACAAGCAGGUGUCUUUUAUAUUCUUUUCAUGAGAUUUAAAGACUACAUUUCAUUUUCAUCAUACUCGGUAUGUUGGAAGAGUGCUGUUCCUUUCUUUUAAAGCUGUAGUAUUAUUAUAAUAGCCCAGACAAAUCGUCCGUGUCACUCGCCCCCUUUUAAUAUUUUUUUUUUUUACAAAGUCUACGUGCACUGUCCACAGACAAAUAUUCCACGCAAUCUUUUUAUGCAUUUCAGUGGCCUUUUUUAAACAUUAUUUUAGUCAAAGAGAUUAAAAAAUAAAAAGUUGCCGCUGCAAAUAGACUGAUCUACUCUGGUUAAGUUUUGUUUUAUGCUUUAUUAUCAUGUUUUGUUUGGUCAUCUUGUAAAAUAGGUGUGUGUGGCUUAAUACAUGCAAGCUGUGCUGUGACUACCAACCACUGAAGAGUUCAUUAAAAAUAAACUUGUACAUUGUAAAGUU